AGUGGGAAGAGCACGCGGAGGUGCGAGGAGAGCGAGGAGCGAGGGGCGAGGCGCCCGCGCAGCCGGCAGUCCGCGCCCGCGCACCGUCAGCAGUGCGCCCGCCCAAACACAUUCCCUAGCAGCUUCCCACGCGGAUCACACAAUAAUAUUAUUCUCCUGAAGAAUAAUGGGGGAGGAGAAAGAAUCAGAGGCGGUUCGCCUUCAACGCGUCGACAACACUGGAUCACCAGAUAGCGAUAAUGAAGACUACGAUCCUCAUUUACAUCGCGUAGUUGAGAAACCUACAAGUAAUAUUGAAACGUUGGUGCAUCUGCUAAAAUGCAGCUUGGGGACUGGAAUUCUGGCGAUGCCUCAGGCUUUCUCUCGCUCCGGUCUCAUCACUGGAGUUAUCGCCACCAUCAUCAUCGGAGGCAUGAUUACACAUUGUUUGCAUGUGUUGGUAAAAGCUCAGUACAACUUGUGCAAGCGACGGCGCGUGCCUCUUCUCACGUACCCUGAGUCUAUGGUGGCAGCUCUAGAAAUCGGUCCCCGUCCGCUGAGGAGGUUCGCCAAGAGCUCUGCCGUCGUAGUUGACGUGUUCCUCGUCGUGUACCAACUUGGCAUCUGCUGCGUGUAUACUGUGUUCAUCGCCGGCACAUUCAAAAAGAUAGUGGACCCGUACUAUGAAAUGUCAAUAGAAGUGCACAUGCUGAUAAUCAUGCUGCCGCUGAUAGCAGCCAAUUGCAUACGGCAUCUGAAGAUUUUAGCUCCGUUCUCAAAUUUCGCAAAUUUCCUGACCCUUGUGGGCCUGGGAAUCGUUGUGUAUUAUCUACUCACAGCAGAAAAAUCUACCGAGCCUCUGGACUUAUUUGGUUCAUUAGCCGAAUUCCCUUUGUUUUUUGGUACCACAUUAUUUGCGCUCACAGCUGUUGGAGUGGUGGUCGCUCUGGAAAACAACAUGGAAUCGCCAAAGGACUUCGGGAAGCCAUUAGGCGUCCUAAACCUCGGCAUGGCCUUCAUUGUGACGCUCUACGUGGUCAUCGGCGUCAUCGGGUACAUCUUCUGCGUUUCAUCGUGCAGUGACUCCAUCACACUCGACAUGCCCGAAGGCACUGCAUUGACCAUAUCGGUGCUGGUGAUGUACGCCAUAGCAAUCCUGAUCAGCUACGUGCUGCAAUGCUACGUGCCGGUGGAGAUUCUGUGGAAGACGUACACCAAACCUCAGCUGGAGAAGCGCGGGUACAUCAAACUCCUUCGCUGGGAGUACGCACUCAGAAUCUUAGUGUGUCUAUUAACAUUCGUGCUGGCGGUGUCUGUGCCGCGGCUGGGACUGUUCAUCUCGCUGUUCGGCGCGCUGUGCCUGUCCGCCCUCGGUAUGAUGUUCCCCGCCUUCAUGGAGGUGUGCGUCGCCAUGCCUGACAAGUUCGGCCCAGGCAAGAUCAUCCUCAUCAAGGAUAUCAUACUCUUCAUCAUCGGCCUCUUCGGCAUGGUCGUCGGUACCUACUCUACGGUGGUUGCUAUCAUCAAAAGUUUUCAAUAACACAUCGCAAAUCCACCUCGAAUUCUGACAGCUCUGUAAGACUGCUCAAAUACGCUUACGACCAAAUGCGACCAAUUAGAUCGCUUCUAAUUGCACGGGCAAGCUUAGUUAAAAUGAAAAGUACAUAAUAUAAUGGUUUCACAUUUUAAAGUGUUCUUGAAUCGCUGUGAUUUUGCUCAAUGAACUUUACAUUGUCUUACAAAAGUAUGAAAAUGGGUGAACUAUCGAGAGCUGAUUUUUUCCAUAAAAUUUUGGAUACCUCUUAUUGUAUUUUACUAUACGAUAUACAUGUACUGUGCAUUAUUGUUGUACGAAUGUGUAAAUUACAUACGACGGUUGUAAUGUUCUGUGGUCUUUAAGGGGAUAGUAGGUAAUAGAGCAUUUAUUCCUGACUUGCUUAAUAUGACACUAGGAUAAACUUCCUUGCUAAACGCGACUAAGCGAUUUCAUUCCAUUCGAGUUCUGUGAGUAUGUAUUGCCAAGUCAGCGAAUGUAUGAGGUGUUCGUUUGCCUUCUAAUUCAUUGUUGUUUGCAUUAAAUCCUAGGGCCAACUAGCUAAAGUUGUUUUUGUUAUCGUUAUUGUUAGUGCUAUAGAAUAUGUGCAAAUAGUGUUCUGUAAAGUACUGUGAUUCCAAUUUUAGUAGAUUAUGGAAAAUGAAAUUAAUUCUUAUAUAUCAAGAUAUUGUUUCUGUAGAUAAUUAUAAUAAUAUGAUUAAAAUAUUAACUUUAUCAAUUUGCGAUUUUAUUUGAAAGAUAAUAAAUGGUUUUGUAGUAUUUA